UCUCUCCUCUUAAAAUCUAAAAUCAGUUCUACAGAGGAGACUUCCCAGGAAAAACAUAAAACCUGAAAAACCUUUGGAAAUGGAGAUCAGUAAUUCAAUAGCAAGUACAAGCAACAACAGCAGCAGUAUGAAUGAAAAAGGAACCAUAAUAGUGCGGCAAAGUGGAAGUAUGAGAAUCGAGUUUCCCUUUACGCUUAAAGUGGGUCAGGUCUUCACUGGCUUUGGCGUUGGUUGUGGUCUUGGUAUCGGUGUUGGCCGCCCUAUCAAUUUAGGUGCUAUCCCUAUGCUGAAUCAAGUUAUGAGUGCUGCUAGUGGUGCUACACACGCUUUCUCUGGUAUUGGAAGACAUGUGAAUCAAUCUUUAAAGAAGAUAGGUGCAAAGAACAUUCAGGCAGGCAUAGGAUGUGGAGUUGGUUUUGGCCAUGGUUUCGGCGCUGGUCUUGCACUGAAACCUGGAGUGGUACAACAAAUCCAGAUAUCCGUUAUAGGAUUAGUGAGCAAAAUGAUGAUGAAAUUUGGAGUAGCUCCUGAUUUAUCUAUUGGGCAAGGUCUUCUUCCUUCGUCUGUGCAAAGUAGUAUGACUGUUGUUCAAGGAGAUCCUUUGGGAAGUAUUGCACAAUUUGGAAAGAAAACACCAAACAUGAACAAUCAAAGUCCAGUAACCAAUGGAAAAGGGAAUACAGGGAUUGAAAAUGUGCCUUCAAAAUUGGCUUUGGGAAAUCGAACAGAGAAGCUUAUCAAUGGUUUUCUGCAGGAUCCAGUUUUAAGAGGAGAAGAUACUGAACUACAUGACAGGGAUGAACAGCUGGAGUCAGAAAACAGGAUGCUUCGGAUGGUAGUCAAACAUCAGCAAGUAAUCGAGGAGCUUAUGGAAGAGAAUGAAAGGCUUCGUCAAGUAUUGAUUGAAGACUUAAAAGUUCCAUCUAAUAAGUUCAAAGUUAGAUAUUCUAGUACAAGAAACGAGUCUCCUUGUUCCGAUUGUUUCAAAUGUCGAAGAAAACAACGUCAGAGAUGAUUAGUGCAUAAAAUCAGUUCUAACUUAGGUUUAGUGAUUAAUUUUUUUUUUUUUUUUUAUCAGUUUGCUCACCUUUUUCGGGUUUGUUUGUGUUCCCAAAACUGUUGAUCAUUACAAUAUAUACACACUAUAAUUGGAAAUUAUGGAGAAUAGCUUUUCAGGAA